GAAAUCAUGACAAUUGUAAAUAUAGUAUCAAAAAUUGUCCCCGGAAUAAAGUGGUUUAAUGGAUACACUGUUCAAUUUGCUAUAUCCGAUAUGAUAGCUGGCAUUACAGUUGGUCUAACUGUAUUGCCACAAGGAUUAGCAUAUGCUACUUUAGCAGGACUUGAACCACAGUAUGGCUUGUAUUCGGCUUUUGUUGGAGGCAUAUUGUACGCUUUUAUGGGUGGAUGUCGGCAAGUGACAAUAGGUCCAACUGCUCUCUUAGCCUUAAUCAUUAGCAAACAUACUGGAUUGGGGCUGGCCUCGGGACCAGAUUAUGCCAUUUUAUUAUGUUUCUUAGCAGGUGUUAUUGAGUUGUUAAUGGCAUUAUUAAGACUUGGAGCACUUGUAGAUUUAAUAUCGCUGCCAGUAACAGUUGGUUUUACAUCUGCUACUGCCGUCAUUAUUGGAACUUCUCAAUUAAAGGGUUUACUGGGAUUAAAAGGUGGAUCAGCAUCUGGUUUUCUAAGUACAAUCAAAUCAGUGUUUACAAACUUGGACAAUGUGCGUCCUGGCGACAUGACAUUAGGUUUCUUAUCGAUAAUUAUUUUACUCCUCAUGAGGAAAUUAAAAGACAUAAAAUUAGGAGAAAGAGUUCCAGGACAUAAAAUUAUUAAUGUAAUCUUUUGGCUUCUAGCUACUGCUAGAAAUGCUUUAAUUGUUCUUGUAUCAAGCACAAUUGCUUAUUACUCUUGCCAAGGAAGCUCUUGUAUAUUUAUAUUGACUGGAAAAGUCAAGAGUGGCUUACCUGACUUUAGUCUACCUAAAUUUAAUACAACUAUUUUAGGUGAAAACAAUACGGAAAUUCAUCAAAAUUUCAAAGAUAUGGUAAACGAGCUGGGCUCUUCUAUCAUUAUUUUGCCAGUUAUUGCUGUCUUGGGAAAUGUUGCAAUUUCCAAAGCAUUCGGAGGCUCUGGAAUCAGUGCAACUCGUGAAUUGGUUGCAUUGUCUAUGAGCAAUAUUUGUGGGUCGUUCUUCUGCUCUAUACCAGUUACUGGAUCAUUUUCACGUAGUGCAGUUAAUCAUGCUAGUGGCGUAAAAACACCAAUUGGUGGUAUUUACACUAGUGCUCUUGUGUUGUUGGCAUUGUCAGUAUUGACUCCUUAUUUUAGAUACAUUCCCAAGGCCGCAUUGAGUGCUGUUAUCAUUUCAGCUGUGAUCUUUAUGAUUGAAUUUGAGGUGGUAAAACCUUUAUGGCGAUGCAGUCGUCGAGAACUUUUCCCUGGAGCCAUAACAUUUAUAUUUAGUUUAACAUUAGGCGUAGAAGUUGGUCUUUUAUUAGGCGUUGCUACAGAUGUUGCUUUCUUGGUAUAUCGUGUAGCAAGACCUCCACUUGGUGUGACAAAAGUUAAGACAAGUAAUGGAAUUGAACAUAUUUUAGUGAGGCCAAGUUAUAGUUCGGUAUAUUUCCCUGCGAUAGAAUGGUUAAGAAAUGAAAUUUCAAAAGCAAUUUCCUCAUUUGGAAUCUAUCCUGUUGUAUUAGACUGCACAAAUGUUUAUGACUUUGAUUUUACUGCAGCUCGAGGUAUGGGAGCUUUGUACAAAGAAUUAUUAGACAUAAAAGUACCUUUUUAUUUGCUAAAAGCAUCAAAAGAAAUUGAUUUGCUGCUUAAAGAAUCAACAGAUGCAAACGUUCCAAGUAUAGAAAACGUUGAAGAACUAGAAUCACUUUUGGAGCAAACUCCUGAAUAUGAGUAUUACUUGCAAGUUACAGUACCAUUAAUGCCAGAUGCAGAAGAACACACUAAACAAAAUUUCUAACUUAUGAAAUGGCAUAACAUGACAGACUGACUUGACCUUAUCCGUUUUCCUGCUUCCAGAAAAAAAAGUUAAAAACUAUAUUAAGAAGUUCUAUUAUUUAUUAUUUAAAUUACGCAGCCAUCUACAGAGUCUUACAAAAAAAUGCAACUCUUUUUCUUUAAUUUUCUAAAAUCAAAUUUCUAAUUUAAUUUUUGAUAUAAAUAUUUAUAUUGUUUACCGCUUACAGAUGCUAAAUUACCGUUAAUUU